CAUGAAAGCCACAUUUGCCAUCACCGCUCUCGUCGUCCUGGCUCUGGGCUGGACCUCUGAGGCUGUGCAAGUUGAAGAGAACGGAUUGUCUUUCUCAAUGGAAGCUGUCAAGCGGCUUCAAGAGCUGUCGGAGAGUAACGGUAUGACAGGACAACACAACCCAAGACUGAAGGCUAACACCAUGUCCCUCUGCGCUGACCCCAUGCUCCCACAGGAGUUUCUGCCACUCUGCAGGCAGAGAGGAGCAUCUGCUUCCCUUACCAGAUUAUCUGCUGUACCUUUGGACAUCUGUGAGAUCUGCGCAUUUGCUGCCUGCACUGGUUGCUAAACAAACAAAGCAAGCCAGAAACAUCCUGCUUACUUGUGAUUUAUUUUUCAACCCCUGCUAAAAUGUUUU